GAAGCCGCGAAGCUGAGGAGCCUAGCUGCACGUCACCCGCGUCUUCCUCUUUUGGUUCCCACCGCUUGUGCUCCCGGAGUCGGUGUUCUCUGCUCGGCGGUCGCGAGUCGGCUGUGGCGUUCCCGCGCGGGGCCGGACGAUGGCGGCGCUGGAGUCCCGGCUCCGCGCGCUCCGCCUUCUCCUCCUUGUUCCGCUGGCUGCUGAGCGCUGGGGUCCCGCCCGCGCGGGGCAGGGCGCGCCGGGAGGAUUAUCUGAACUAUCCUUUGUUGCAAAACAUGAAGACAAUUUGUUUAAGGAUUUAUUUCAAGACUAUGAAAGAUGGGUUCGUCCCGUGGAAUACCUGAAUGACAAAAUAAAAAUCAAGUUUGGCCUUGCAAUAUCUCAAUUAGUGGAUGUGGAUGAGAAAAAUCAGUUAAUGACAACAAAUGUCUGGUUGAAACAGGAAUGGACAGAUGUAAAAUUAAGAUGGAACCCUGAUGACUAUGGUGGAAUAAAAGUUAUACGUGUCCCUUCAGACUCCCUCUGGACCCCAGACAUCGUUUUGUUUGAUAAUGCAGACGGACGUUUUGAAGGGGCCAGUACAAAAGCAGUCGUCAGGUACAAUGGCACUGUCACCUGGACACAGCCGGCAAACUACAAAAGUUCCUGUACUAUUGAUGUCACAUUUUUCCCGUUUGAUCUCCAAAACUGUUCCAUGAAAUUUGGCUCUUGGACGUAUGAUGGAUCUCAGGUUGAUAUAAUCCUAGAGGACCAAGAUGUAGACAGGACAGAUUUUUUUGAUAAUGGAGAAUGGGAGAUUGUGAGUGCAGCGGGGAGCAAAGGAAACAGAACUGACAGCUGCUGCUGGUACCCUUACGUCACUUACUCCUUUGUAAUUAAGCGACUACCUCUCUUUUACACCUUGUUCCUUAUUAUACCCUGUAUCGGGCUCUCAUUCCUGACGGUAGUUGUCUUCUAUCUUCCUUCCAAUGAAGGUGAAAAGAUCAGUCUGUGCACUUCAGUCCUUGUCUCUCUGACUGUCUUCCUUCUGGUUAUUGAAGAGAUCAUACCCUCAUCUUCCAAAGUAAUACCUCUGAUUGGAGAGUACCUGGUGUUUACCAUGAUUUUUGUGACCCUAUCAAUUAUGGUGACUGUCUUCGCCAUCAACAUUCACCAUCGUUCUUCCUCAACACACAAUGCUAUGGCACCCUGGGUCCGCAAGAUAUUUCUUCACAAGCUUCCCAAACUGCUUUGCAUGAGAAGUCAUGUAGACAGGUAUUUCACUCAAAGAGAGGAAACCGAGAGUGGUAGUGAACCAAAAUCUUCUAGAAACACAUUGGAAGCUGCUCUUGAUUCUAUUCGCUACAUUACAAGACAUGUCAUGAAGGAGAAUGAUGUCCGUGAGGUUGUUGAAGAUUGGAAAUUCAUAGCACAGGUUCUUGACCGGAUGUUUUUGUGGACUUUUCUUCUGGUUUCAAUUGUUGGAUCUCUGGGGCUUUUUGUUCCUGUUAUUUAUGAAUGGGCAAAUAUAAUUGUUCCAGUUCACAUUGGAAAUACAAAUAAGUGAAACUUUCAAGGGUUUGAACUUAGUUAAAAAAUAUACAUCUCUCAUGGCAUGUCUACACUUAGGCAAACAUAAAGUUGUGUUUAAAAUCUGAUGCAAGCUGUAACAGAUUAAUAGUGGCUGACAUUGGUUUUCCUAAUAGAUUGUUCAUUAGAACAUCUACCUGCAUGUCUGAAGUAAUAACUAAAAAUAGCAGCAAAAUAUUAUCCAAACUAUACUAGUGAAAAUCUAAUGUUUUCAUAGUUUGUAAUCAACAGUGAAGCUCAUCUUUUGAGGUUUUGUUUGUUUGUUUUUUGGUACUGGAGAUUGAACCAAGACCUGGCGCAUGCUAGGCAAAGUGCUCUACCCUCUGAGCCAUACCUCCAGCCCAAGCUCAUCUUUUGAGUGCUGGAAAAUUCUAGUUAUGUUUGAAGAUAGAUUUUAAAACUUUUUCAGGAGUUGGUAAAAGUAUACAUUUUUCGCUUUUUUGAGAUGGGAUCUUGAUAAAGUGUCCAGACUGGCCCCAAACUCUUGGGCUUAAGUGAUUCUCCUGCCCUUAGCCUUUUGAGUAGCUGGAACUAUAGGUGUGUGCCACUGUGCCUGGCUAAGCGAUACAUUUGAAAAUUCUUUGUCCUGUAGUCAAUACAUAACAGCUAAUCUUCAGUGUAUUCUACUGCUCUAGUAAGUAAGCUGAUUACUCAGUAUAGUAGUGACAAAAUGAUGCUACUGUUUUAUAGCCAACAUUUUUAGUAAAUGAAAAAUGGGGAUUGGGACACUCCUUUAAAUCUUUAUUCUUUAGAUGCUUAAACCGAGUAAUCAUUUUAUUAACUAUCUUUAUAGCUUUCCUUCCAUUGUAAAAAUCACAUAACAGACAAUUCUUGUUAACAUGCAGGAGCAUGUCCUUAACAUUAAUUUCAAUCCCCUUGUACACAUUCCCCACAAUUAAUAGAGCCAUCUAAACUAGGCUAGCAUCUCUUUAUCCUUGAUCUCAGAAGAGUCCACUGCAAUUACAUGAAUCCCAUUUUAAAAGCAUGUAUAUGCUUAGAACAUUUUGUGAGAAUACCAUCUCCUAAGCUUAAAGAUGGUAUUCUAGUUUGGUAUAAGCAUAUCAUUACAUAACUAAUAUUUGCCCUCUCUUUCAUUCCAACAAUUACAAUAAUAGAAUAUUUGAGUUGCAGGAUGUUUAGAUGUAAUCUAGUCUUAGCCUUUUACUAGUACAGUAUAUAUCAGUAAGUACAGUAUAACCCAUCAUCUCCAAAUGUCCCUGAUUCACCUAGGACCAGGAAGAAAACACUGAUGGAAACCUUGCAUUAAACUUUAAAUUCUUGGCUGUCGAGAUAUUAAAUGCAUUAUUUAUUUAUAGUAAGUAACCCAUCUAAGUUCAAGUUUACAUGCUUUGGAGGGAAGGGAGGACCCUAUCUAAUUUGCAUUU